GAGAGAGAGAGAGAGUUAUAACUGUUGUCCCCCCUCCUCCUCCUCUCCUUAUAUUCAAUCAUCCUGUCCUCCCUGUUGUUAUCUCCCUCCAUCCCUCCGUUCUGAGUAGUCAUGGUAUCCAUAGUGGUGGAACACAUCUUUCUCUUGGUCAUCGUCACUCUCAUUAGCGUCCUGCAGAAUGCUUUCUUUGCAACAAAAGUAGAGAAGGAAGGUAAAGUGCAAAACACCAAAACUUCUGCUUUUGAGAGAGUGUCUUGCGCCAAUCGUAACUGUAUGGAUUCCUACCCGACCUUCCUAGCGGUGAUGUGGUGUGCUGGGCUGUGUCUUAACCAAGCUCCUGCUGCCUUCGCAGGGCUCAUCUACCUGGUGGCCAGGCAGAAGUACUUUGUCGGGUACAUGGGUCAGACAUCUCAAAGCACUCCAGGGUACCUGUUUGGGAAACGCGUCCUGGCCUUCCUCAUCCUGAUGUGCAUUGUGGGUAUCUUCAACUUCCUGCUGGUGCGUUACUUUCGGCAACGACUAUAAAGACACCACGGAAAUGAUCACCAACGCAGCCUCCGCUCUCCUCCUCAUUCCCUGAACCGGUCUGUGUGUUAGACCUACUUCGGCAGUGACUAUAAAGUCUAUGUAUUGUCUGUGUUAGACCUACUUCGGCAGUGACUAUAAAGUCUAUGUAUUGUCUUUGUGUGUGCGUGCAUGUGUGUAUUCGCACAGUGCAAGGGUAGGAAGUGUAUGAUGUGAUGUGUAAUUCAAUGUGGUGCAAUUAUCCGCUUCUGUGCUCAAUAAUUUCAUGUUUUAUUUUUCUAAAAAAUAAUUUUAUUUGAGUCUGGAAAUAGAAACACACAAAAACAAUCAAAACUACAGAGCAUCAUUUUGAAUUCUAUUGAAAAUUAAUAAAAUGUUUUGAUAUGCCACAGCAGCCACAA